CGAAGUAGAGUCCCGACAGAAAAUUUUUCCUAAAAUAUCAAGGGUUUUAGGAGGGGCUUUUGCCGCUCUAUCCACUCCCCAGUUGCCAUUGCUCCCAUCAAUGGCUUCCUGUGCUUCCUUUCUCCCAGUGCUUACAUGGGAAAACCGCAUUUCGAGGCAAUAUAAAGGAAGAGGAGAGCAGCAUCAGACCAAGAUUCCUCGUUUAAUUGACCCUUUUUUCAAUAAUACGAGUUCCUCAAACUCCAUCCCCAGCUUUGUUGCGCUAAAUUCGCUCGAUUCAUCUCCAUUCCCUCUCGGCUCAGAUUCCUUGGAACCAGAGCUCAAAUUUCCAACUGCCUUUUCGCACAUGAAAACGCUUGAAUCCCCUGUUAUCUACGAUCCAGUUGUUUUACAAGAUGAGCGGAUAGAUUUUCCAUGGCUGGGAUAUGAUCGGUCCCUCAUUUUGCCUGGACAAACCCUAGAAAGGAUCUUCCGUACAGACUCUCUAUGGAUGCCGCGUUUUGAUGAUCUGGCGAGUGUUCGCGAAUCAUUGGAUGUGGCGAGGAAGAAGUACAAAUCUCUUAGGAGGAGGCAGGUGAAGGCUGAAACAGAGGCGUGGGAGAGAGCAGCGGAGGAGUAUAAGGAGUUGGAGCGAGUGAUGCUUGAGAAGAAGCUCGCUCCUAACUUGCCUUAUGUGAAGUCUUUGUUCCUGGGAUGGUUUGAGCCGCUGCGGAGUGCAAUUGAGAAGGAUGUGAAGCUGGAGAAGGGAAAAAGACAUAAGGCGGCUUAUGCACACCAUUUGAGCCUGUUGCCAGCUGAUAAGCUAGCGGUGAUUGUGAUGCAUAAGAUGAUGGGGUUGCUGAUGAUGGGGCCAGAGGAGGGGUGCGUUCGGGUGGUGCAAGCUGCUAUCCACAUUGGAGAGGCAAUAGAGCAUGAGGUUAGGAUCCAAUGCUAUGUUGAGAAGAGUAAGAGACGAAGGAACAGAGUGUGCCCAGAUAUUAUUUCUACGAAAGAGCAGCAGAAACGACAAAAACUUGUGAUGAAGUUUAUCAAAAUGAAAAGACUGGUCGAGGUUCAGAAACUUUUGAAAGAGGAGAUUGAUAUGGAACCUUGGGGACGAGAUGCUCAAGCUAAGUUGGGAACUCGUUUGAUUAAGCUAUUGAUAGAAUCAGCUUUUGUGCAGCCACCAAUUGAUCAAUUUGGUGACCAUUCACCGGAUAUUCUUCCAGCUUUUAUGCACAAAUUAAAAACUGUUUCCGUGGAAGAUGGAAAAUUAAAGAACAAAUAUGGUGUUGUUGAAUGCCAUGCAUUAGUCCACAUGGGACUUGGUAGCACUGCCAGGCUGAUGGUGAUUCCUUACAUGCCAAUGUUGAUACCACCAAAAAAGUGGAAAGGAUAUAAUAAGGGUGGGCAUUUAUUCUUACCUUCCUAUGUGAUGCGUACCCAUGGAGCUAAGGAACAACAAAAUGCGAUUAAAAGUGUUCCUAAAAGACAGCUAAAUAAAGUUUUUGAGGCCCUAGAUACUCUUGGAAGUACCAAAUGGAGAGUGAACAGAAGAAUACUGGAAAUAGUAGAGUCUAUUUGGAAUCAAGGUGGAGGUAUUGCUGGCUUGGUUGGUCGGGAAGAUGUUCCCAUACCGGAGAAACCUGGGUUGGAGGAUUCCAUGGAGAUUAAAAAAUGGCGUUGGAAUGCCAGAAAAGCAAGAAAGGCUAACAAUGAGAUGCAUGCUCAGCGAUGUGACACAGAACUUAAGCUUUCUGUUGCUCGCAAGAUGCGAGAUGAAGAAGGAUUUUACUAUCCUCAUAAUCUUGAUUUCCGUGGCCGUGCAUACCCAAUGCAUUCACAUUUAAAUCAUUUAAGUUCAGAUCUAUGCCGUGGAAUUCUCGAGUUUGCCGAAGGUAGACCACUUGGCAAGUCUGGGUUAUACUGGUUAAAAAUUCAUUUGGCAAACAUCUUUGGCGGAGGCGUUGAAAAGCUCUCUUAUGAUGCUCGCCUGACAUUUGUGGAGAACCAUUUACAUAAUAUAUUUGAUUCUGCUAUGAAUCCUGUUGAUGGAAAGCGAUGGUGGAUAAAUGCUGAAGAUCCUUUUCAGUGUUUGGCUGCAUGCAUAAAUCUCUCUGAUGCCUUAACUAGUUCAUCACCGCACAGUGUCAUCUCAUAUCUUCCUAUUCAUCAGGAUGGUUCAUGCAAUGGUUUGCAGCAUUAUGCAGCACUUGGAAGAGAUUGUUUGGAAGCCACUGCAGUAAACUUGGUUGCUCAAGAGAGGCCUGCAGAUGUAUAUUCUGGAAUAGCUGCAAGGGUUUAUGAGAUAGUAAAGGAAGACUCUCAGAAAGACCCGACUAAUGAUCCUACUGCUUUAUUAGCUAAAAUUUUACUUGAUCAGGUGGACAGGAAGUUAGUGAAGCAGACUGUCAUGACAUCAGUCUAUGGUGUCACAUAUGUUGGUGCCAGAGAGCAAAUAAAAAGGAGAUUGAUAGAAAAAGGAAAAAUCACUGAUGAGAGGUUGCUCUUUCGUGUAUCUUGCUAUGCAGCUAAGGUCACUUUGAAUGCUUUGGGAGAGAUGUUCCAAGCUGCACGAAGCAUCAUGAAAUGGCUCGGUGAUUGUGCAAAGAUUAUUGCUUCAGAGAAUCAACCUGUAAGGUGGACUACUCCGCUUGGAUUGCCAGUUAUUCAGCCGUACAGAAAUUUUGAAAGACAUCUUAUAAGAACCUCGCUACAAGUUUUGGCUUUAAAGAGGGAUGGUUGUUUGGUUGCAGCUAAGCAGCAAAAGACAGCUUUUCCUCCAAAUUUUGUUCAUUCUCUUGAUGGUUCUCAUAUGAUGAUGACGGCUAUUUCCUGCAGAAAUUCUGGUUUAAAUUUUGCAG